CCCCUCACAUUUCCUCUUUCUAAAUCUGAAGCCUUUUGAUUUUGGCUCUGGGUUUACCCUUGGCACUGUAGGUGUAACCCUGCAACUUAGGGUUUAGUUCUUCUCCUCUCUCUUUCCAUUUGCCAUUACUUCCUACUCUCUCUCCUCUCUCCCCUUUCAAAAACCCUAAGAAUCUCUCUCGUUUCCCUAUACUGGUUAAUACACCACACACAGAAAGUUGGGGCGUUGGAGAGAUACAAGAGAGAAGUAGAUCAUGGGUUCCUGAUAUACAUAGCGACUACAUAGAGAAGGGGGAAGAAAUCUAGAGAGAGAAAAUGACCCAGCAAGGAGCAAUCACACCCAGGUCAGUUGCUAAGCAAUCCGUAGCAACACCAUCGAAAUCAUCCGGCUACGACACUCGCCGCUACGAUUCGAGCCGCUAUGAGGCUCAGAAACAGAGAGACUGGAACACCUUUGUCCUCUAUGCAAAGAACCACCAACCCCCCAUCUACCUCUCUAAGUGCGUAGGCUCCAAUGUGAUCGACUUCCUCAAAACCCUCGAUGAGCUGGGCAAGACCAAGGUGCAUGUCUAUGCGUGCCCUUACUACGGUUACCGAGAUUCUCCCAACACCUGCGCAUGUCCACUGAGGCAGGCGUGGGGCAGCCUGGAUGCGUUGGUGGGGCGGCUGAGGGCGGCCUAUGAGGAGAAUGGCGGGACCCGCGAUGCUAACCCCUUUGCCUCGCAGGAUGUGAGGAAGUAUCUAAUGGAAGUGAGGGUGGCACAGUCCAAGGCGAGGGGGAUUCCUUUAGAUAAAAAGAGUGAAGAUUAUAACUCCUUUCCUUCUUAUCCUCAUCCUCCUCCUGUUGUUAAUACGCCUGGCCUUGCACUGGUUCCGGUCACUUUUGUUCCUGUGGCGCCGGUUGCUCCAAUGUGGGAGUGUGAGGCCAUAUCUAGUGCAGCGAAUCGUAAAGCUGCAGCAGCGAAGGGGGGAUCUUUAUCGCCUGAGAAGAAGACCCCUGAGAAUGCGAUACUUCAGAUAACAGGACCUGAAUUCACAGGGAGAAUGACGAGGAGCCGAACUCGAGGUCUGCUGCGCUAUAGUGAUACUCCGUCAAAGCUGCCAGUCAAAAGGGCAAAGAAGGCAAAGGAUCAUGGAGAGGUCGAAAAGCCAAAGGAUAAUGAGGAUUCAGUCCAACAGGUUGAAAAGCUGAAGGAUCAUGAGGGCUCGAUUGAACAAGUUGAAAAGCCCAAUGAUAAUGAGGACUCAAUGCAACAGGUUGAGAAGCCAAAGGAUCCGGAGGACCCAAUGCCGCAGGUUGAGGAGCCUCAGGAUCAUGGCGACUAGGGGGCUGCUCCCUGUCUCAGAGAGAGGGAGGGAGGGGG